AUGUUUUCUUUAAUUUAUCGAUUUUAUUUUCAUUUACCUGCUAGUCGCAUUCAUUAUUAUCUUACACGAUCAAUCACAACAUCAAUUUAUCCACAAACGGUUUCUGAUAUAUUAAAAACAAAACCAAUUGGUUCAUCUGUGAGUCUAAUUGGUUCAUUAGAAAAUGUACGAAAAUUGAAAACACAAUAUUUCCUAGAUUUUAUUGAUGGUUCAUCUCUCAAUCAUUUACAAGUUAUUGUUUCUGGGAAAAAUUUACCAGAUGUAGGAAAAUUAAAUUUUGGUAGUACAAUUCGUGUUAAUGGAACAAUUGUACGAAGUACACAUCCACAACAAGAAAUUGAACUACAAGCAAAACAAAUUGAUAUUAUUGGAUCAUGUGAUGCAUUUAACUAUCCGCUCAAAUGUAAAACAAAACAUUCAUUUCAUUUUCUAAGAUCUUGUGAACAAUUUCGUGCACGCGAUCGAAUGUAUGGCGGAGCACUAUUAAGUAUUCGAAGUGAACUAUUUUAUUUGAUUCAUAAUUAUUUUCAUGAACAUAAAUUUACUCAUAUACAAACACCGUGUAUAACAUCAAGUGAUUGUGAGGGUGGUGGAGAAACGUUUAAAAUUAAAGAAUAUUAUUCACAAUCAACGUCUCAAAUGAAAGAAUAUUUUGAUAAACAAACGUAUCUGACAGUGUCUGGUCAACUUCAUUUAGAAGCGGCGGCAAGUGGCUUAUCACGUGUAUAUACAUUGAAUCCGGUAUUUCGAGCCGACAAAAACUUAUCACGUUUUCAUCUUGCCGAAUUUUGGAUGUUAGAGGCUGAAAUAGCAGGAAUAACAAAACUUGAGCAAUUAUUAGAUAUUUACAAGCAUAUUUUACAGACAGUGACUGCAAAUUUAAGACAAAAUUGUCGCGAACAAUUCCGUCUACUCGAAGAAUAUGAUAUAAAACCGGAAUUCAUUGAUCAAUUUUUUCUUGAUAAAUAUUCAAUUGUGACUUACGAUGAAGCUGUUGGUUAUUUGAAAAAAAGUGACGAAUUUCAAGAUUUUCCGAAAAAUGGAGAUUUUACACGCGCACAUGAAAACUAUCUAUGUCAGAAAAUUAUGAAUAAUCAACCAUUUUUUCUAAUUAAUUAUCCAAAAGAAGUAAAACCCUUUUAUAUGCUUGUGAAUGACGAUGAAUGUACCGUGGCUAAUUUUGAUUUUAUAUUUCCAUCGGUUGGUGAGUUAUCGGGUGGAAGCUUACGUGAACAUCGAUAUGAACGUUUACACAAAACAGUAGAGUUACUGAAAUUGGAUGAUGAAUUAGAUUGGUAUUUGGAUUUGAGACGAUAUGGUUCAAUGCCAACUGCUGGUUUUGGAUUGGGUAUUGAACGAUUUUUAAUUGCUCUAACAGGAAUCGAUAAUGUUCGAGAUGUUAUACCCUUUCCAAGAUAUUAUCAACAUUGUAUGUCGUAG